UUUGCUAAAUUUGGUCGGUUCGAGUUGCGCCGUCUCUUUCUUUUGCUCACUCAAAUCGGCCGUGAGGUGUGGUAUUGUGCGAAGGUGUUAAAUAAAAUCCACAAAAAUGGCAUUUGGAGACGUAAAAUCUCAACAGGGUCUCGGUGAAUUGAACAAAUAUUUGGCUGAGAAAAGUUAUGUGUCUGGAUACACUCCGUCUCAAGCUGAUGUUCAAGUAUUCGAGGAAGUAGGAAAGGCACCGGCUGCCAGUUUGCCUCACGCCCUUCGCUGGUACAACCAGAUCGCUUCAUACUCUCCAGCUGAACGCAAGUCAUGGGUGCAAGGAGUGAGCCCCCUUAACGCCGGCGCAAAGCCAACAGCAGCCGCUGCUGCCAAGAAGAGCGAUGAUGACGACGAUGAUAUCGAUCUAUUUGGCUCUGGAGAUGAAGAAGAGGAUGCCGAAGCAGCUAGAAUCAGAGAAGAACGCCUACAAGCAUAUGCAGACAAGAAAUCAAAGAAGCCAACUCUUAUUGCAAAGUCAUCCAUUCUCCUCGAUGUGAAACCAUGGGAUGAUGAAACAGAUAUGAAUGAGAUGGAGAAACAAGUGCGCACCAUUGAAAUGGAGGGUUUGUUGUGGGGAGCUUCCAAAUUUGUCCCAGUAGGUUAUGGUAUCAAAAAAUUGCAGAUUAUGUGCGUCAUUGAGGACGACAAAGUAUCUGUGGACUUACUUACGGAAAAGAUUCAAGAAUUUGAAGAUUUUGUUCAGUCUGUAGACAUUGCCGCCUUCAACAAAAUCUAAAUGCCAUCGUAAAUUUAUUUAUUUUCUUUUAAAAUAAAAUCAAUUUUUCUUAAAG